AUGGAUCGUUUAAUCAAUAAUCUGUUCCAAAGGGUUCCUAUUAAUGAAGUGGUGAUUCCAGAGAACAUCGAUUCAGAUUUGUUGUUGAAUAAAAUCACGGAAAUUUCUCAAGAAAACCCAUACUAUAUUAAGAAUUUCCUUAACAAAUUAUUUAAAACUGAUAUAGAUCAAGAUGAAUUCUAUGAAUUGUUUGCUGAGUUGAUACAUGCCAAACCAAUGGAUGUAACACAUCCUGAUAUCAUUACCUAUAAAGUUGGAGAUACCAAAAUCAAGAUCAAAGAAACACCAAGAGUCAUCAGUGGAGGUGGUACAACAGGAUUAAGAACUUGGGAAGCUGCUUUAUAUUUAUCAAAUAAUUUUUUGUCUCAAAAUUAUAAGAAUAUAUUAUCUGGGAAAUCAAUUUUAGAAUUAGGUACAGGGACUGGACUAGUAAGUUUAUAUACCAUCUUAUCUGAAAAUUUUCAAGUGAAAGAUUUGGUAAUUACAGAUGGUGAUAGUACAUUAAUUGAAUCAUUAGGUUAUAAUUUCCAAUUGAAUAAUCUAGAUCUAAGCAAAACUAAGUGUCAAUCUUUAUGGUGGGGCAUAGAUCAUAUUCCAGAGGGGAUAGAUACAAUAUUAGCAGCUGAUGUUACAUAUGAUUCAUCAGUGAUUCCAAGUUUGGUUGAUUGUAUAAGGACAGGUCUUGAGCAAGGUGUUAAAGAUGCUUUUAUAGCAGCAACAAUUAGAAAUGAAGAAACCAUUGUUGUUUUUGAAAAAGAAUUGACUAAUGUCGGAUUGAAAUGGGAAAUUGUUGAUAAAUGUACUAAACCUGGUGAGUUGGAAAAUAGUUCGGUCUGGUAUGCUAAAACUACACCAGAAAUUCGUAUAUAUAAGAUUAAUAAAUGA